AUGGCUUUCUUUGGUCCACCUGCUGGCUUAUCAUCUUGGUCAGGAGCAUCUCCGCCUGCACAGUACUAUCCCCCUCAGCCACCUUCACCGCAAUACACCAGCUCUAGCUCAUUUGAGAUGCAUCCUAUCUUUUGGGUCUUUAUAUGCUUUGUCGCUUUCAAACUGUGCUACUCAGAUUUCUAUCGGGUUGUUCAAUGCUUGCCAAACCCGUAUCCAGUCCAGUAUGUUGCUGCGCCUGCCGCAAACACACAAGCGAAUCAAAAUCAGCAAAAGAAUGAGAGCAAGAAAGAUGGUAGCCAAAAUCAACAGGGCAAGAAAGAUGGUAAAGACCAGAAGCAGAAAGAAGAUGAAAAGUCAAAAGACGAAAAAUCGAAGGACAGCAAACAAAAAGACGAUAAGUCAAAGGACAAUGAACAGAAAGACGAAAAGUCAAAAGACAACAAACAAAAAGACGACAAAAGCAAUACGGUCAUUGUACGUCCGUCUUGCAAGUACUUUGCCGGUCAGCGUAUCUGGGUGUGAGUAUUUGUACAAAAUCAGAAUACUUGGACUUGUUACUAAGCACGGUUUGGUCUUCCAUCUGCAGCACAGAGAAUGGUGUAAGAUGGUGGGGUGUACGUAAAAGAAUUUGAGAACAACACGGGGAAGGACGAUAUACUCAUGCUUUCACUUCCCACAGAUUCUUGUCCUUGAUCGUGGCGAAGGCAAUUGGUACGGACACAAAGUCGUAUAUGGUGGAAAGCGUCACGGAAGACCAGAGCUACAAACUGUACCUUUCUUUGCAAAGGAAUC